ACUUUUAAAAGCAAGUACUCUCCGUCUUCCAGCGUUGUCUCGUUUUCAAGUCAAUCAAAUCCAGCUCUCCAAACGACAGAAAUUUGCAGCCUACCCAGACCUAAAUUUUGUCUGGUGCACUUUCACCCUCACCAAUUCAAAAACAACCGCUCGCAAUGUCGACCCAUUUCAGCAAAGGGGGGAGCUUUGAGCCUGUGCCGCAAAAGGCCCAAGCCCAAGACUUGCCAGGGUGAGUGUAGGAACCGGAACCAGAACCAGCCCCAAAUCCAGAAGAUUGGAAAUAUUCCGCUGACACAUAAUUACGCGCCCAGGCUGGAGAAGAAGAUGGAACCCUCCAGCGAGUCUACUAAGCUCGAGGGCGAGGGCCAGGCCUACGAGUACCUCGCGGCCGGCAAGCUCAAGGGCUGCAAGGCUUUGAUAACCGGUGGAGACUCUGGUAUUGGUCGCUCCGUCGCGGUCCUGUUCGCGCGGGAAGGGGCCGACAUCAGCAUCGUGUACCUGCCAGAAGAGCAACCUGACGCCGAGGACACCAAAAAGCUGGUCGAGAAGGAAGGGCACGAAUGCCUGCUGAUCCCGGGGGAUCUGAUGGACUACAACAAGUGCAAAGAGGCCGUCCAGAAGCACGUCGACGCGUUCGGGAUCAUCCACGUCCUCGUCAACAACGCGUCGAAGCAGGUCAUGUGCGAGGAUUUUGCCGAGAUUGACCUCAACAAGGUCGAGAGCACGUUCCGGAGCAACAUCCUGCAGAUAUUUGCCAUGACCAAAUAUGCGCUGCCGCAUAUGAAGAAGGGCGCGUCAAUCAUCAACACGACCUCGACGGUCGCGUUUCGGGGCACGGCCGCCAUGGUCGACUACGCGGCCACCAAGGGCGCCAUCGUCUCCUUCACCCGCUCGCUCUCCAAGAACCUGAUGCCCAAGGGGAUCCGCGUCAACGCUGUUGCUCCGGGGCCCGUCCACACGCCGCUGCAGCCCGCGUCGAGGCCGGCCGAGCAGAUGGAGGGCUUUGGCGGGAAGUCGGGCAUCGGGCGCAUCGGCCAGCCGAGCGAGAUCGCCCCGAGCUUCGUCUUCUUGGCGAGCAAGGACUCGGAGCUGUACUACGGCCAGGUGCUGCAUGCGUAUCCUUUGGGGGAUUAAUCAAAGCCGACUGAAUAAUUCAUUUGAUGGGGGGGGGGGGGGGAACACAGGAGAAUUUAUGUCGAGUCAAUCACGAGUAUGACGGUCAUCGGUCAUUUUUAUGAACCCUGAUAAUACGAGGAUUCAUGAUGUAUCCAUUAAUGUUAUAUCUCUGCACUUGCAGACCUUUUUUUGUGAGUGGGAUCGCCGCCGUAGGAGCUGGGUUUGUUGUUUUGUACAUACAGUACGUAAUUAUGUAUAGGAACUCAGAAAAAAACUACCACC